AUGGCUAGGUCGAAACAGCCCUUGUCGGUCACUUAUGGUAAGGAAUCGAAUUCCAAUUCCAAGAGGUUGUAUUUAGAAAAUGGGGAUUUGAUGAAGAAUUGCAGGCAAGUAUUAUCCAAGCUGAUGAAGCAGAAAUAUGCUAGGAUCUUUAACAAACCAGUUGAUGUAGUUGCGUUGGGCCUUCACGAUUACUACGACAUCAUUAAGAAACUGAUGGAUCUUGGCACUGUCAAAACCUAUCUCACCAAGGGUCUCUAUUUAACGCCUUUUGAUUUUGUAGCUGAUGUGAGAUUGACUUUCGAGAAUGCCAUGCGGUACAAGAAUGAGAUCCCAACAAAUGAAAUACAAAAAGAUCACAAAAAAUUGCUUGACAUUCCAUCUUCUUUCGAGGUGAAGAACUUGAUGAAAAUCUGA